UUUGCCCCAUCCUGGUGUCGGGCACAUGCACCGUGUGGAGAUCCGGGAGCGCAGCACCUGAGCACCAGCGGCCGACAGCAGCGCACUAGUUUGGGGGCUUUCAGGUGGAGCUGGACGGCUGCCGGAAGAACGGAGUGGACCGACUCAUAAACGCCUUUCAAGAUGGCACUAGCCCGAGAUCCAGGGGUGGGCCAGGAGCAGAGGGACGCGGCCGACCAGAACUUCGACUUCAUGUUCAAAGUGCUGAUCAUCGGCAACAGCAGCGUGGGAAAGACCUCCUUCCUGUUUCGCUUCGCGGACGACUCCUUCACCUCGGCGUUUGUGAGCACAGUGGGCAUCGACUUCAAAGUCAAGACCAUCUACAGGAACGACAAGAGGGUGAAACUCCAGAUCUGGGACACAGCAGGGCAGGAGCGCUACAGGACCAUCACCACAGCCUACUACAGAGGAGCCAUGGGCUUCCUGCUCAUGUACGACAUCACAAGUCAGGAGACGUUCUGCGCUGUUCAGGAUUGGGCUACCCAGAUUAAGACGUACUCAUGGGACAGCGCUCAGGUGGUGCUGGUGGGCAACAAGCUGGACUUGGAAGACGACAGACAGGUCCCGACAGAAGACGGCCGAAGAGUGGCCAGAGAGCUGGGCUUCCAGUUCUUCGAGGCCAGCGCCAAGGACAACAUCAACGUGAAGCAGGUCUUCGACAAGCUGGUGGACGUUAUCUGCGAGAAGAUGAACGAGAGCGUCGACGAGGCGGCCCCUCCAUCGGUCAGUCCGAAGGGGGACGCUCUGAAGGACGCGCCCGUCACCAGUCAGGGUGGCUGUGCAUGYUGAUCCAUGUCCCCAGAGGUUCUUCUAACAUGUCACGCACUCAAACAGGUCACCUAAAAAUUGCCAAAAACACUUUCACUUCUGUUACUUUCGUUUGAUCGUCUCUAAAUUCGGCGGUGAUUCGAGCGCUUCCUCGUAGUCGCGGCACGACUGUUAACUCUGAGAUGCCAAAGAGCUGCGCCUCGCCUCGGCCUUCGCUGAUCCAGGGCAGUGGGUGAGCAGCAGCCUGCUGUGGGUGAGGGCGCGAGUGGCAGCCUUACACCAGAUUAGCAUGGCCAGCGGACACGCAUGAAGAUUGAUUUGUGACACGCUGCUCUCUUGUGGCCUUUUAAUGAAACUGCAUCACUGUUCCUUCACUGAAAGGUUUCAACUGAAACAUGCCUGAAUGUGGAUUUAAUGUUUGUCUGUGGAUGUUGUUAAUAUUUCAGGUGUAAAACACGUGCUUUGUUGUUUUGAACAGAUGUUCUCUUCUAUCUGUAAUUUAUCUUUCCUUCACUUUGUAUAUUUAUUGAUUAAUGCCAGUUUAAUAUUUCACUUGUUGGGUUCAAUACGGGCCUCUUAAAGUUGAGAUUAAAAGAUAUAAAUAUGUACA